ACCCAAUUUUGUCGACCCGGUUUCAAGACAUUCGAGUUAGUCCUCUUCCUUCUAGGGUUCAUAUCUCUCACCUUUUGUUCUAAAUCUCUCAAAAUCGAUUCUGCCCGAGGAUUUGUUUCUGUAAAAUUCCGUUUCCUUCCGAGGUUGUGUGGGCAGUAGUAAAGUAUACCUGCCGCAGGCAUGGCAAGUAACCAGCCACCUUCUGGUUCACAGCCACAUUGGCAACAUCCUCAAUCCGGACCUAUGGCUCCACAGAAUUAUGCUCCUUCCUAUCCGAUGCAAUUCCGUCCUGCAGGACAGGCCCCACAAGGGCAAUCGUUUAUCCCUCAGCAAGCUACUCAGCAAUUUCAUACAGCCGGACAAGCACAAAAUCAUGGGAUGCCUCUUGGUCAAAGUCAACCGAAUCCAUUUUCUCAACAAAUGCAGCAGUUUCUACCACGGCCUGGCCAGCCUGUGCCAUCUUCGUUUCCUCAAUCAAAUAUGCAGCCUACUUCAGGCAUGCCUCAGCCCCAGGCUGCCUCAAGCCAUGGAGCUCCGUAUUCAUCAUCGUAUACUUAUGCACCGUCUUCUUUUGGUUUGCCACAAAGUGGCAUCAGUGCGUCUCCUCAAUUCCAACCUUCCCAAAUGUCUAUGCCUGGCGGUCCUCCUACUGGUGCACCACAGUGGUUUCACUCAGGUCAAAGUACACCAGGUGUUGCACCAUUGCAGCAACCCAACCAGCCACCCUUCCCUGCCAGUGCAACUGUACCAGCUGUUAGUGGUUCUAGUGCGGUUCAACAGAAUGCUUCUGAUUGGCAAGAAUAUGAAGCUGCUGAUGGAAGAAGAUAUUAUUAUAACAAGAUCACGAAGCAGUCUAGUUGGGAGAAGCCUUCUGAGUUGCUGACUCCUUUGGAGAGAGCUGAUGCAUCAACGGUUUGGAAAGAAUUCACUACUUCUGAGGGUAGAAAGUAUUAUUACAACAAGGAGACGAAGCAAUCUAAAUGGACAAUACCUGAUGAAUUGAAGUUGGCUCGUGAACUGGCUGAAAAGGCUGCCUCCGAGGGACCACAUUCGGAAAUGAAUACUAGCUCUACUAUAACAACCUCUACUACGGGCACUUCUGUUGAGGCCAACCCCACCACAACAACAAUAGCAGGGGUCACUUCAAGUCCUGCCCCAGUACCCGUUGGUUCUGAUGCUAAUGCUUCUAUGAUUUCUGAAUCAGCAGAUGUUCCUGCUAUACAGAUUGCUACGACAAGUUCGUUUGGUGUGACCUCAGUGGCAGAAACAGUGGUUCCCUCCCCUUAUGAAGUUCCUGGAAGUUCUGGUGCUCCAGUUAUAAUCGCAAACAACAAUACAACCCCAUUGACCAGCACGGAAAUUCCAUCAUCCCAUGUUAGGGCGAGUCCCCUAGGUGGAGCUUCUUUCCAGGAUACUGAGGAGGAAAAGAAAGGGACAACUGUUGAUGGAAAAUUAAAUGUUACGCCAGUGGAAGAGAAACCAAUGGAUGAUGAACCCAUGGUAUAUGCCACCAAGCAGGAGGCAAAAAAUGCAUUUAAAGCACUAUUGGAGUCUGCUAAUGUUGAGGCUGAUUGGUCAUGGGACCAGGCUAUGCGGGUGAUAAUUAAUGACAAAAGAUACGGUGCCCUGAAAACCCUCGGUGAACGGAAGCAAGCAUUUAAUGAGUACUUGAUGCAACGGAAAAAAGUGGAGGCUGAGGAGAGGCGUCUCAGGCAGAGAAAAGCGAAGGAGGAGUUCAUGACAAUGCUGGAAGAAUCUGAAGAACUCACAUCAUCAAUGCGAUGGAGCAAAGCCGUAAUAAUGUUUGAAGAUGAUAAGCGUUUCAAGGCUGUUGAGCUAGAAUCAGACCGAGAGGAUCUCUUUAGAAACUACUUGGUCGACCUUCACAAAAAGGAGAAGGCGAAGGCUCAAGAGGAGCAGCGGCGGAAUAAGCAGGAAUUUAGGCAAUUUCUCGAAUCCUGUGGCUUUAUCAAGGUGGAUAGCCAGUGGCGGAAGGUUCAAGAUCUUCUGGAAGAUGAUGAAAGAUGCACUCGCCUUGAUAAGCUAGACAGGCUGGACGUUUUUCAGGAUUAUAUCCGUGACUUGGAGAAGGAAGAUGACGAGCAGAAGAAGAGACAAAAGGAACAAUUGAGACGAACUGAGCGUAAAAAUCGUGAUGCAUUUCGCGAGAUGAUGGAAGAACAUAUUGCUACUGGCACUCUCACUGCUAAAACUUACUGGCGGGACUAUUGUCAGAAAGUCAAGGAUUCUGAGCCCUAUGCGGCAGUUGCCUUGAAUACUUCUGGUUCCACCCCCAAAGAUUUGUUUGAGGAUGUUGCGGAAGAACUAGUGAAAAAGUAUGAUGAAGACAAAGCCCGCAUAAAGGAUGCUUUGAAGCAUGAGAAGGUAACAAUUGCAUCAACAACGACAUUUGAUGACUUCAAGUCCUCAAUUGAAGAAAGCAUUGGUUCCCCCUCAAUAUCUGAUAUUAAUUUACAGCUUGUGUACGAGGAUCUAAUAGAUAGAGCUAAAGAUAAAGAAGAGAAAGAGGCUAAGAAGCUUAAACGGCUGGCCAAAGAUUUCACCGAUAAGUUGAGCACAAUCAAGGAAAUAAAUGUGUUGUCUACGUGGGAGGAAUGCAAACAUCUUGUUGAGGACAGCUCAGAAUAUAGGUCUGUUGGAGAUGAAAGUUCCUGCAAGGAGAUAUUUGAUGAAUAUAUAUCUCGUCUGCAAGAGAAAGUAAAGGAGAAGGAACGCAAGCGAGAGGAAGACAAGGCGAAAAAGGAGACUGAGCGGGAGGAGAAAGAGAAGAGAAAGGACAAAGAAAAAAGGGAGAGAGAGAAGGAAAGAGAGAAAGAUCGAGACUUGGAUCGAGAAAAGGAGAAGGGGAAAGAUAAUUCAAGAAAUGAUGAAGAGAUGGAGAUUGAUGAUGGUGUGGAAAGUCAAGGACACAAAGACGAGAAGAAAAGGGAAAAGGACAAAGACAGGAAACAUAGAAGACGGCACAAGAGCCCAACUGAUGAUGUCAGUUCUGAUAAAGAUGACAAAGAUGACACAAAGAAGUCCCGCAGCAGACAUGGCAGUGACCGUAAAAAGUCAAGAAAGCAUGCAAAUUCGCCCGAAUCAGAUGGCGAAGGCAGGCAUAAAAGGCACAGACGAGACCACAGAGAUGGUUCCCGACGAAUUGGUGGUCAUGAGGAGCUUGAAGAUGGUGAAGUUGGUGAGGAUGGGGAGAUCCAAUAAAUCUUUUUACUGCACAGUUGACUUUGCAGGAUGACUCGAUUUUUCUCCCUGCUGUAAGCAGAUAAUGUGAGUCCAGAAAAAUGCUUUCCCUUCAAGAUAUAUUUAGGAUACUUUUUGAGUAGUUAUCCGUAUCUUCUGUGAAUGUAAUUUUGUUUCAGUCAUACUAUUUGUAAUAUUUAGAUGCGCCUUUUUUUUUUCCUUUCUGUGUAUUCCAGUUUUAGGAUUAAUCUGUUAACGUUUGUAAGCGAUAGAGAUGGUGAGUUAUUGCGUUUACCAUCUGCCUGAGAUAUAGUUAGACAAUUGUGCAUGA